AUGAAGGGGGAACGAUUAAGGUUGACAGGUUCUAAAAAGUGUGGAUGUCCAUUUCUAUUAAGGGGGGAAAAAUUACCUACAAAUGAUGAGUGGAUGUUGCAUGUCUUAUGUGGAGUGCACAAUCAUCCGUCUGCUGAACAUCUUGAAGGGCACUCAUUUGCUGGCAGAUUAUCUAAAGAGGAAACAUCCUUAUUAGUUGACAUGUCGAAGAGUAUGGUGCGACCAAAAGAGAUAUUGGUUACAUUGAAACAAAGGAAUGCCUUUAAUGCGACAACAAUUAAGACAAUCUACAACGCACGUCAUCGACAUCGAGUAGUACAGAGGGCGGGAAGAUCACAAAUGCAACAACUAUUGGGGCAAUUGGCGAUUCAAAAUUAUGUUGAGUGCCAUCGAUGUGAUGAUAGAGAGAUAGUGACUGACUUGUUCUGGGCACACCCAGUUAGUUUGGAGUUGUUACGUGCAUUUCCACAUGUGUUGAUUAUGGAUUGCACAUACAAGACUAAUAGGUAUCGACUCCCUCUCUUAGAGAUUGUUGGGGUAACAUCAACGGACUUGACUUUUUCAGUUGCUUUUGCUUAUCUUGGUCAUGAACGGGAGGACAACUAUACAUGGGCUUUAGGCGUAUUGCGUACUAUUAUGGAGAAUACUGCUUUUCCAAAAGUCGUUAUUACAGAUAGGGAGUUGGCUUUGAUGAAAGGCAUAGCAAAAGUUCUACCUAUGGCCACUAAUCUUUUAUUUAGAACAGAAACAGAAUUCAAUGAACAAUUUUCCACUAUGAAGACUGAAUGUAGCACGUAUCCCGAAGCUAUUAAGUAUGUUACUACCAAUUGGUUAGAGCCAUACAAGGAAAAAUUUGUUGCAGCUUGGACAGAUAGUAAUAUGCAUUUCGGAAAUACUACUACAAACAAUUUGGACAAAAUAUUAGUAGCGACAAAGAGAUCGAAUAGUGUGGGAAUAGAUGUUAUUGCAUGUGGCUGCAUUUUGAGACGUACACAUGGAUUGCCAUGUGCACAUGAAAUAGCUGAGUAUUUUCAACAAGGUCGACCGAUUCCUCUCUCGUGCGUAAAUCCUUAUUGGAGGAAGUUAGAUAUGUUUCCAGUUUUAGAAAGUGCUUUUGUGAAAUUGGAUUGCAAAACAGAGACUGAUUUUUUUAUUGAGAAAUUCCAAACAAUUGACGAGACGCAACAAGGUGUUACCAUCUCAACUGCACCAAUUCGUAAGCAAGUGCAACGGAAGAAGGCAAAAAAAGAUAAUGUUUGUAUGACGCAGUCAACAAAUCGUAUCUCUUACUUCGAACAAUUUUCGAAGAAGUUGAGACCAUAUAUCCGUCACAUAAAAGAUGUACAAGCAGAUGGCAAUUGUGGUUUCAGGGCAAUAGCUGGAUUGAUUGGUUUAGGUGAAGAUGAUUGGCAACAAGUUAGGCGCAAUUUGUUGACUGAGUUGCAUUCGAAUGUUUAUCUGCAACCUGGUCAUCCAGUACCCCCGAUAGUAAAUAAUUGGAUUCGUUUUCAUCACCCAUGUGCUAUUGGAUGGGAGAAAGCAUAUACUAUCCGUAUUUAG